UCCAAAAGAUAUAUAAUUCAGUAAUACUAAUGAGUACUUUACAAGAAAAAAAAACUUUACUUGAAAAUAAAUUAGAAGCUCUUCAAGAGCAAGUAGGUUUUUGUCUUUACAAGUAUGAUUAUCAUCAUCAAAACAAUGAGGAAAAUAUCUUAAAAAAAGAAUGCAAUUUGUUGAUAGCUGUCAAAGACUCUACUCAAUAUUUACUUAAGGAAUACAACAUUCUAUCCAGCAAAAUUAUAGAAGCAAAUAAUAAAUGUAACGAAGUCGAAAAAUUACUGGUGAGCAUGGGUCUAAUGGCGUCGACUACAAAAGAAGUCGGCGCAAGUAAAGAAAGUCAAGAAUAUGAUUAAGACGAAGAUGCUAGAAAAAACCUGUAUUUUAUUGCAAUUAUUUGAUUUAUUAAUUCUCCUGCUGUGAUUAUUAAUAUUAAUUUUUUAAAAGUAAG